AUGUCGCAGUUGGCAUCCCCCGCAUGUACCCCGCUGGAUUCAGUCCUAGCAUGUGUACACUGCGCUAGGUCCAAAGUUAAGUGCGACAGAAAGGUACCAUGCUCGCGAUGCAAGUUGAAGAAGCUCACCUGCCAGACUCGGGUUCCACAGCGAGGCCGGGGACCGUCGUCUGCCAAUAAUGAUAAUCCCCAAGCGCCGCCAUCCACCGACACCAGCGAGAACUCCGAUCCCGUCGAGUGCGAUCCGGUUACAUCUACCACCACCGAUGGAGGUCCCAAGUCGACCUCACAAUUUUAUCCUACGGGAAAUGGCGUUUAUAUCGACUGGUCUCAUUCAAUCCUCCACGAUUGGGCCAGAAAUCGCCCCAGAAGCACAUCGGAGGCGGAGCAAGUGGAAGAUCCUUUGGCGCGACUCGUAGCGGCUACAUCUCGCGUAGAUGAAAGCUACCCUCCCAACCUCUCUCUCUUUUCACACCCCAUGCAGCCGGGGAUGUUCGGCGCAGCUGAUGAUUUCGAUUUUGUCGUUCCAACACAAGUGCUGUCAACAACAACCAAGCUGCCUGAUCUUACCGGGAUGCCUUCGUGGAAUCACGCACUUCCUGUCUCCCCGGGCGCGCUGGCAAGGUCGACAAACGACGACGGAGACUAUGCCAUGGAUGACUGCGUUCCGCCAGCGUCUUUGUUCCCGUCUCUAGACGGUAGUCUUCCCAACCAUGACCAGUUGCAUACGCUAGAAGGCUGGCCACUCUUUCAAUGCAAUCCAAUUAUGCCGUCGUCUGCGUGCGAACCCGCAGCCGCGAACCACAUCAGAAACCUAGGUUCUCUGCUCAGGGGUGGCAAUAUACCGAUCCAACAAUGCCCAGUAGCUGAUUCCCACACCGUCGUUGAAUCUCUCCUCACCAGCACUAGAGAGAAGCUCAUCGCUGCCUUGCAGUGGCUUUGUACUGAGGCCCAAGAGCUAUACGGGCUGCGAGGUCAAGACAACGGGGUUCGUGGCUUUGCUGAGCCAUCUAUUGUCGUGUUGCCUCCCCCACCCGUGCUAGACUCUCUUUUGAGGGCUUACCUCACCAGCUAUGAACCAUACUACCCCUUUAUACCUACGGUGUCCUUGAAUGAGCGCAUGGAAGGCGGAAACACUAUCUUGCCAAGCAUGCAAUUGUUUCUUAUGCUCGCCGGCGGUGGUAUGACGGCCGGAGCUGGUGAGACAUGCGUGCAAUUGGCGCAUGGGCUGCUUGAAAUAUGCCGCAUUUCAUUACGAAACCUCAUCGAACAAAACGCCAUUUCGGCGUUGGAUCACGAGGUCUCGCAGUGCGCGCUUCUAAACCUUCUCGUUUCCGCGUGGAGUGGCGACAAGUCGCAGAUGGAUACUGCACACUAUCAGAAAUCGAUGUUCUUAGAGAUGCAUUUGAAAGCAAUGCACCACAACCAUAGACAAGCCCAGGUCGCCCGCAUAGAAUCCUUUAAUAAUGUCCAACAGUCCUGGGAGACAUGGAAAGAACAGGAGAGGGCAAACAGAACUACGCAUGCAUGGCUGAUCCUGGAUCACGAGAUAUGUCUCUUCCAAGAUGCCCCAUCUAUCUCAUUUCUCUCCUCCGCCAGCCUCAACACACCGAUUCCAAGCCCAGAUGACGCAUGGCAGGCCCCUUCCGACAAGCAUUGGAUCGAACGAAUGCCAUCGUCUUUGGGUCGAGUCACAAUCCCUCCUUCUCUCAGCGAAUGGGUGGAAUGGUUCUCGGAAACGAACUAUUUUAGCACCAAGGCACACAUUUCCCCUGUCAGACUGCGACUCCUGCUCUGUCAUCUUCAGAACCAAGUGAUCCAACUGCGAUCCGCCAUGGACACAGCCGCGGGUAGAGGCAGUACUCACAGAGGAUCCCAGCACAUGUCGAUUGUUCUCCUUUCAGUGCAGGUACAAGGGGUUCAAGAACUUCUACACAAGUGGUACGAGCUUGCCAAAAUGCACCAGCCGAAUGAGACGGCCACGCCAGUAACUGCUUCCAACAUAAUGCUCUACCAUCUUAUCAUGCUCAAUAUGAUCGUGAGUUUCCCAGAAAUAGAACGUCUGGCACGCACCGGUCGCGACAAUGAAGGGGUUACCGGAUCGUCGAGAGCUUUCCCCACUAAACACGCCUACCACUUGGAGAAUCCACGACAGAUAUACUUUCAUUGCGGACAAGUGUUGCGCCAUGUCCGCUCCGUACCGGAACCUGCUCGUCCGCCCUGGUGGGCUGGUGCCGUGUAUCGAGUGGCACUGAUCACCUGGGCAAAUAGCAUGGCCUGUGCCGAUGGGGACGAAGCCCAAAACCGGAGAAAUAUAGACACUCAAGCCACGGUGGCCUUGGAUAUGCUUACGCCGGAUCAUGCGUCCAUCGUAAGCUAUCUAAAUCAUGAAGGCGGCAUUCCUGUAUUUGCGGACUUGAAUGGCGCGAUAGUACCCCUCGACAACUCUGUCGGUAUUCUACAGCACUUUGCCCGUUUCCUUGACACAGAUAACAAGACAAAGUUCACGCUCGGAGUUCAGCAAAAGUUAUUCACUAUGGCACAUCGGUGGGAGAGUGGAACUCCACAAACUUUGCCAUUCGCGAUUUGA